AUGCUCAACCUCACGUGUUACCGAAAUUUGGAAAGUGGGGUCAAGCUCGUUGCAGUGUGUUUAAUGACUACUUACUGCGUUGGCCUCCUAUACAUGUUUCAUCAUUACCUCCUGAAUCUCAAACAAGCCGAACAAGCCGAAUUUCAAAUAUUGCGUUUGUCUUUUCUCUCUCUCUGUGCCGCGAUUUUGUUCAUAGGAGCAAUCAAAAGGAAUUGGCGACACUGCAUGAUCUGGGUCGCUGUAAAUGUGAUGAACACGGUUUUGGAUGUCGUCAACGGCUUCGAGUUUUACUUUAAAUGCCAGAAUUAUGAUGAAGGACGGAUGACAGGGAAAGUACUCAUGAUCUCAAUCGACAUCUACUGCAUUUACGUGGUGCUUUCCUUCGUUGAAGAAUUAAAGGCAGCGCAGCGACAACCAAUUGGACUUCCAACAGGAAUUGUUCCCCAACCUUUUCACGCUUUCCCCUUACCUGCGGACUUUCUCCGACAAGUAAAUUCCAAUCACAACGAAAUGAUGCGAGCUGAUGGCGAUGUUACUGGAUCCCAUGCUUACAAAGAAUCUAAUCCUAGAAAAGAAAAGAUGGAUUCUGACGUAGGACCACCUCCGUCUUACAAUGCAACCAUUGGAGGAAUUGGAUACCCCACGAUUUAGACGACUUUUGGCGACAAUCGACAAAAUGAAGCAUACAAAAUUGUAAUUUAUUAAAUAUUUUCUCUUUUAAAUUUGGGGUGAGUC